AUGAUACCGGAUAACGCUAUAGUCGUAGAAAUAGCACCCCACGGUCUACUCCAAGCCAUUCUAAAGAGAUCGCAUAAAGAAUGCACGCACAUACCUCUUACUAGACGGGGCAAUGCUAAUGGUGUAAAGUUUUUACUGGAAGCCAUUGGAAAAUUGUACGAAGCCGGUGUUAAUCCCAGGGUGGAUGUUUUGUAUCCUAAGAUAGAAUUCCCAGUUUCUACAGAAACGCCUCUUUUGUCCCACUUUGUGGAAUGGGAACAUAGUGAAGAUUGGCCACAGCUGUCGUUCUUAGAGAAGGAUGAAGUACGAACGGCAAUGGAGCGUAAUGUGGUCUUAUCCACACAUGAUGACGACUUUAAAUUCUUAGAAGGGCAUUUGAGAAAUGGUGCCAACGUGUUGCCUGAAUCAGCAGUCCUAGUUCUCGUAUGGGAAACACUGGCUAUGCAUAUUGGUGUAAGCUACAGAGACCAGCCGGUUGUAUUCCGUGAUAUACACUUCCAUAGCGAAAUAAUCAUAAAACCGGAGACGCCUUUACGCCUCACCAUAGCUAUUAAUAGAGGCAGUAAUAAAUUUGAGGUUAGUCAAAACGAUAUUCGCAUAGCCAGCGGUAUUGUAAGUGGUGUCAAAGUUGUCAAAUAUAACCAAGACCCAGAAAGCAUGGACAAUGAGGAAGAGGAAAUCAUAUUAAAUUCUGAUGACGUGUACAAUAUAUUUAAAUCAAGAGGAUAUUCAUACAAAGACCAAUUCCAGUCGAUUCAAUCUUCAGCUCUGGACCAUAAGAAGGCUUUUGUCCAAUGGAAUGGUGUAUGGGUAACAUUCCUAGACUCAUUGAUACAACUCAAGACACUAUCAAGAAACCACGAUGGGAUAUCAACUCCUAAAUUCAUCAGGAAAAUAAGGAUCAGUAUUUUAGAACAGCAGAUUUCGAAUAGUGUGGAGAUCAAUGGAGCUAAAUGUUUCCCUGCUCAGUAUGACGAUGUUCAAGGCGUUGUAAGGUGCGCUGGCGUUGAAUUAGAUAACGUUACGUUUGUGGAUAAACCAGUCAUAGACCAACAGCCUGAAGUAUUAUUGACCAAAUCUUUCUUCCCGCACUACAAUAUGGAUCAAGUUGAUAAACUGGACUCGCUAAAGAACAUAUCAAAGGACAGUUUUAUAAUAGCCUUAGAGUGCGGAGUGCCAGCUUUACAAGGAUCAUUGAACGAGAACUUCACUGUCAUAAGUUCCAUGUCUGAUGGAAAGCAAAUAUUAAUAUUAUUGAAGCGACGGAAUCCCAGGGAUGUUACUUAUGUGCCUGUAAAUUGUGAUAAUAAAUUGGAUUGGGUGUCGCGCGUACAUGUUGAACUUAAUAAAACGAAGCGAGUAAUGCUAGUAUCUGAGCGGCAGCCAUAUUGUGGAGCUUUAGGUUUCGUUAACAAAUUGAAAAGUGAUGGAGAAGACAAAAUAGGAUUGAUAGCAAUUGAUGAUUGCCAUGCACCGACCUUUGAUCCAGACAUCGGUAUUUACAAGCAUCAACUGAAUAAAAAUCUGACCGUCAAUAUCUUUAGAAAGGGACAAUGGGGAGGUUAUUACUACACUUCAGCGGCGAAGUCAACUAAACUUCAUAAUGUUACUUUGGUCAGUCCAAAUGGAGAUUUGGAUAACCUUACGUGGGUUGAAGCUCCUGAUACAGCUCAUAAACAUAAUUUGAUUAAGGUAUCGUAUGCUGGGAUAUCGUCUAAAGAUGUUCAAAAAGCAGUUAGUAAUACCAGGGACGAUUUGACCCCUCUUGGCAUGGACUUUAGCGGUACAAAUGCUGAUGGUAAUAGAGUUAUGGGACUGGUGGCCGGUGGUUCAUUAAGUACCACAGUAGAAGCAGAUUCAGAUUUACUGUGGCCAGUACCAGAACAUUGGAGUCUUCAAGACGCUGCAACUGUACCACUGCCUUACGCUCUAGCUUAUUACUGCUUGACUAUAAAGAGUCGGCUCUUGAAAGGGCAGAGCGUAUUCGUGACAGGCGGUGCGGGAGCUCUUGGACAAGCUGUGAUAGCCGUAUGCCUGUCUUUAGAUUGUACUGUAUUUACGACAGUCAAUUGUAUGAGAAAGAAGAAUAUAUUGCUACAAGUGUUCCCGGGACUUGAUGAGAAAAAUAUCGGCUAUUCUCGUGAUGAUUCAUUCCUGAGUAUGAUUAAGAUGUAUGCACAUAAUAAAGGAUGUGAUAUUGUCAUCAACUGUGCCAGUGGGUUCAUACGAGAAACUGCAAUGAAGUGUGUUGGGAUAAUGGGCUUCUUCUUAGACCUGAGUGCUUACGACAUGACUGAAAACAAAGAUAUAGGAAUGUCUUACUUAGAAAAGGAUAGAUCAUACAAAGCUGUGAAUUUCUUUAGUUUAUUUAGAUUGGAAAAUGCCGCAGAGAAAAAGAUGUUACAACACAUGUUAGCAGAAGGUAUUGCAAACGGUACCGUAAGGCCAAUAAGCCGUAUAGAAUAUACACCAACACAAAUCUCGAGAGCGUUUAGACUUAUCUCAUCAAGUAAGCAUAUUGGCAAAGUUUUAAUCAAAAUGAGCAGUCCAGAGCUCGUGAAAGGCUUUGAUGUGAUACCAAGUAUGAUCUACAAUUCGAGCAGUGUCUAUAUAGUGGUUUGCGAUAAGAGUGGCAUUGGUAUCAAGCUAGCUGAUAGAAUGGUCAAAAGAGGAGCUAGAAAGAUUGUGCUACAUUCAAGAACUAAUAUCAGUGGAUACUGGCAUUCUAAAUUAGCAUCCUGGGAAAAACAAAAUGUGACCGUAAAAAUAUCGUCCGAGAAUCUUGAGACACAGCAAGGCUGCACCAGAAUGUUGAAAGAAGCUUCCAGAAUUGGUUCUAUUAGAGGAAUUUUCAUAGUUCCCGAUAUUGAAGAUGAGAACGAUGAGAGGGCACUAGAUUUUGUCCAAACGUUCAAUAAGACCGCCUUUGCCGUCAUAAAUCUCGACUUGACGUCUAAAAACUAUUGUAAUGAGUUAAGCUACUUUGUAGUUCUAUUACCACCUUCCCGUAGCACAAGCAAUGAGUAUUCCUACUCAUUACUCGAGAGAGUAUGCCAAAUGAGAAGUGAAAAUGGUUUACCAGCCCUGAUCAUGCGAAUGGAUCAUUUGGCAGAAGGAGAUACCAAGACAAUUUGGCAGCCUCAAAAAUUGGCGGCAUUUUUCAAUGGAAUGGAAAACAGUUUGAAAUUAAAAUACAACAAUGUUCUGACCUUUAAUUCGAAUGAAGAAAACGUUUUGGACUAUGAGAUGAAACUAGCGAAAAUAUUUGGUGUACCAAAAAUUGAAGCCCUUCCAGAAGAUUUCACUGUUAAUGAUUUGCUACUAACUGAAGAUAAUUUAGUAGAAUUACAGACUGUUAUAAGAAAUAUACAUAAUGUUGAUUAUCCUAUAGAGAAAAUUGUAAACAUGACAGUGAGAAGCUUGAAGAAUAUAGGAAGUCAGUCUACUGAAAAACCCAGGAAUAAUGAAGGUUUGGGUGCAUUUUACACUUGUAUCGAUGAAGAAGAAGACCAUUUAUUAACAUCACACCCCAUUGUACCUAUGGUGACACUUCUGAAUAAUGGAACUGAGACUGAUUUGGAUCCUCAAGAAACUUACUUGACCCUUAUACCAGGUUUUGAAGGUCGUUACCAGAUAUUUAGUGGUCUGGCAGAGAGACUAAAGGUGCAGGCAGUAGCCGUUCAAUUGGCUGCUGAUAUUGAAGGAAAUAAUAUUGAAGAAAUGGCUGCUACUGUUCGUAAGUUCAUGAAGACGAAAUUUGAGAGCAAAUCCAAAUUUUAUCUUUUGGGGUAUUCGUUUGGAGUGAAUAUUGCUUUGGAAGUGGCUGCCAUAUUGGAGAAAGAAGGACAUACUGGAGUCGUAUAUUGUUUGGACAGCAGCCCAGAUGCAUUAAGGAUACAGCUUAAUUCAUAUUUAGGAGAGAUUUCGGAUUCUGAGCUGCAGAACGCGAUUUUGGAACACAUAUCGCAACUUAUAGCUGGAAAGGUGCCCGAAGAGUUGGGCCAAUAUUUGGAGCAAAUAAAUGAUUGGCCAACGAAAGUCGACGCCUGUUUGUACACGUUGCGAGGAAUAAGAAACUACUCGAAGCAAUAUAAAGGGUCUUUAUUAGACUCUGCGUACCGAAACAUUUCCUUUGCUAAAAAUUACGAACCGAAAGUGAAAUUAAAUUCUGAUAUUGUUUUGAUAAAAGGAAAACCUCAUUUGCAAUCAGAAAAAUUGUCAGCUGAUUACAAUCUGUCUAAAUAUACCAAGAACCCGGUAAAAAUCUAUCAUAUAGAAUCUGACCAUCCAUCUGCACCAUACGAUACUAGAGUAACGAACAUUGUCAAUAACUUGCUGGAUGACAAUUUACUUGAGGAGUUUAAAAAGAAGAAUCUUUGUGAUAAAUAUGUUAUUCAGCCUAAGUAA